AUGGGUCAGAUAUUGGGUUCAUUUACUAGUAGGCAUCUAGGCCUUGAACCAAACAGGCCGCCAGCGUUUGAUCCAAAGGUUGGGUUCUCAUACACAAGGAAGCCCCGCAAGAUGGACAGAGAGGUGAAAGAGGAAGAGCUGGUGUCCGCCCGCAUUCCCCCGAAGUUCCGGGACUACUGCGCAGACUACCUGCUGGACUACCAAGUGUGCCGACACAUCAAUUUUCCCCUAGUGUUUAAAUGUCAUCAUGAAAAACACAAUUACCUCAACUGUGAACAGCGAGAUUAUGUAAUUAGGAUGAAGGAAUUUGAAAGAGAGAGAAGGUUAAGAUGCAGAGAGAAAAGAUUAAAAGAGAGUGCAAAAUAA